AUGUCCCCGAAAAGACCGGCUCUGUACGUGGCAACAAUGAGCGGCCACGGAGAGGCGGCGAGAAGUUUGAUUCUCGCUGGGGCGGAUGUGGACCAUAAGGACCCCGUGCGCCAGUAUGGCGUCCUGCACGAGGCCGCGGUCGGAGGGCACGAACAACUGGUGAACGACUUGUUGAUAGGUGGUGCAGAUCCACAACUACGUGGAGGAUGUUACGGUGGAACUGCUCUGCAUGAAUCUGCCGGAGAAGGGCAGGUGGAGAUCGUGUCCGAUUUGUUAUUGCUCGCGGGGCUGACAAGAAUGCUCUUGAUUGCGACGGUGAUUCGGCGCUGA